AUGAGUUUUACCUACGUUGCCAGAAGAUCAUUUUCCACAACUAUGUCAAUGGCUUCCUCGGAGCUAUCAGCCAUCAGACAUCUAGUGUCUAUAUCAGAUCUAAGUACUCCAGAGCUAAGAUCGCUUGUCAGCAGAGCCGCAUAUCACAAGAAACUCAUAAAGUCCGGUAAGGCAUCAACGUCUUUACCCUUGCAGGGAAAGACUAUUGCACUUCUUUUCACCAAGAGAUCCACUAGGACUAGGAUUUCCACCGAAGGUGCUGCUGCAUACUUUGGAGCCCAUGCCAUGUUCUUAGGAAAAGACGACAUCCAACUCGGCGUCAACGAGUGUCUGUAUGACACCACCAAAGUGAUCUCAUCCAUGACCUCGUGCAUAUUUGCCAGAGUCAACAAACAUUCAGACAUCCAGGAACUCUGCAGAUACUCGUCUGUUCCAAUCGUCAAUGCUUUGUGUGACACAUAUCAUCCUUUGCAGGCCAUCUGUGAUAUGCUAACUAUUAAGGAAACCUUUGGUAAUACUAAAGGCCUUAAAUUGGCUUGGAUUGGUGAUGCAAACAAUGUCAUCAAUGAUUUAGCCAUUGCCGCUUUGAGAAUGGGAAUUAGUGUCUCCGUUGCCACUCCUCAAGACGUAAAUAUUUCUGAACAUGUGCAGAAAGUUGCUGAGGAGGUGUCUGAAGAGACCCAUGCUCAUAUAGAAUUGACUCAUGACCCUAAGAUUGCAGCUGCUAAUGCCGACAUAAUCGUUACCGAUACGUUUGUAUCUAUGGGAGAAGAAGCUCAAACUAAAAGGAAGCUUGCUAAGUUUCAGGAUUUUCAGAUUACCUCUAGUUUGGGAUCAAUUGCAGCUCCAGGUUGGAAAUUUAUGCAUUGCUUGCCAAGACACAAAUUUGAAGUGACCGAUGACGUUUUCUAUGGGAAACAUUCCAUUGUGUUCCCAGAAGCUGAAAAUAGAUUAUAUGCUGCCAUUGCUGUCAUAGAAGCUCUCGUAGUGAACAAGGGAAAGUUCAUCGAGUAA